AUGAAGGAACGGGAUGCAAUGCAGCGAUUUGGUCCUAAGGCUCACUUCCACCCAUGCGAUGUCUCUGUCGAUGCUUGCAUUGCGAAAUUCAAGAAAAUCGACGUCCUGUUCCACAACGCCGCAAUGCUGAGCCCGAUCGUCCCUGUAGUCGAACACGACGUCGACGUCUUCAACAAAGUCAUCAUGACCAACCUCUGUGGCGCGUUCUACCUCGCCAAAGCCGUCAUUCCGCACAUGAAAAAGGCGGGAAAGGGAGUGAUUGUGAACACUGCCAGUGUCUCUGGCAUUGGUGGAGAUUACGGCCUUUCUUCCUACAAUGCCGCCAAGGGAGGGUUGGUCAAUCUUACGCGGACCAUCGCCAUGGACCACGCGAGGGACGGAAUCCGGGCGGUCACAGUCUGUCCCGGGUUUAUGGAAACUCCAAUGACGGAGGCCACUCUGAAGAAUGAACGACUGAGGGAAGAGUUGUUCGAGAGCAUCCCCAUGAACCGUGGAGGACAUCCGAACGAGGUGGCUCAGCUGGUUCUUUUCCUGGCUUCAGACGAAGCAUCUUACAUUACUGGUCAUCGUGAGACUCCCCAAUCCCAAGAGUGUCUGGUCAUCGGGCGGAUCACUGACUAA